UUAUUUGGUAAAACAAACGCACACUUUUGUAAAUAUAGUGUUCCAGCUUCUUAUCCAUGCUACUGACAUACAAAAUUCCACCUCAAAAGGCAAGAAACCAUGAUUUAUCCUACGUUGACUGCGGCGACUCCGCCCGCUUUGAAUGCUAAAGUGAAUAAAACGAGCGCAGCUACCGGAGCCGUUGCCUAGAAACCACCUGAGCUGUCAACGUACCUCUGGGUAGCAACGGUAAAGUCAACUAUCGGUAUGUGAGUCAACAAGACGGCAAAAGAGCCACAUAAAUACUGAAAAUGCGCAGUUGUGAGAGAAAAAAAUAUAUAUUUAUGCGGCAUUUUAGCGUUUUUAAGUAAAUAACUGUUUAGUCGCGUCAUGGCUGCAAGUUGUGUUCGAGUUGAGCCGCCGUUUGUCGAGUUUAACGAUGUGAAAGUCGGACAAGUAUACAAGGUAACGGUCACGGCGACAAAUACUGGAAAUUCCUUGAGGAAAAUCACUCUGGGAAAGCCUGCUUCGAAGUUGUUCAAGUUGACAGCAUCUAGCCAAGCUGUGGUGGUGGCUCCAGGUCUGUCUGUGAGGGGUUUGCUAGAGUUCACUCCAGAGACAGAGGUAGAGGUCAGAGACUGUCUUCUGGUUCAUAUUGAUGAUGUGGACACACUAAAAAUCCCACUGCGAGGGUUUCCCAGGGCUUGUUCCCUCUCAGUGGAUUCAUUAAUAGAUUUUGGAUGCGUUGUCGCCAGCAGUCAAGUGCUCAUCAAACAUCAUCCUAUAACCAAUAAAGGAUCAGCACCAGGUGUGUUCCAGGUGCACUACUGUGGGGACUUCCGCCUCAGACUCUCACCCUCCAGUGCAGUCGUAGCAGCCGGCGCCACCCAGCAGCUGAAAGUAGAACUGCGCACAGACAGCUCCUGGCAGAUUGAGGAGAAGGCCCUGUUGAAGCUCCAGAAUCGAUCAGCUGUAGUUCUCAGUAUCAGGGGUGAGGUGGUGGAUCAGCGCUUUGAGGUGUUUGACCUGCAGGGCUCUCCGCUGUCUUGUCUGUGGUUUGGGCCUGCCUAUUUUGGUACAUCCUGUGUGAAGAAUGUGGUUCUGAAAAACAAUGCACCCGAGGCCUGUGACUGGGUCUGCCUGCUCCAGGAGACUGCUGCUGGGACUGAGGUGGGAACAAACAUGCAGAAGAGCGCCGACGCUGCCUUGCUGGACAGAAUGGAGAGGUGCAGCCCAGCCACCCAUGAUGUCUCUCAGAUGUUGGUGUGUGUACCUAGACAGGGCCGACUAGGUCCAUAUGAAAAAACCACGGUGGCAGUACGCUUCAGCCCCAUCUGCAAAAGUUCAGCUGAAAGGAAGAAAUGCGAUUCUUCAGUCAGCCGGCAAGAUUACAGCCUUUUCCUGCUUUUCGAGUCUGUGAAGAGUAAACACGGCUUCUUUAACCUUUGGGCUGACAGCAGUGUGAAGCUAGCGGUGACAGGCUCUGGACUCCCCGUGUCUUUGGUUCCUGGUCCCUCUCACAGGUUCCGCUUUCCCGGCUGCGUGACAGGACAACACGUGGACCUUCUCUGUGUGCUCCAGAACCUGUGCCCUCAGCUUCCGAUCAACUUCCGUUUCCACAAAUUAGCACACUUCAGCACCAAGCCCUCUGCUGGCGUCAUUGGUCCUGGACAGUGCCAGGAUGUAGUUGUUUCUUUCAAUGCACGCCAGCAAGGGAGCUUCCAGGUGCAGCAGAAGGUGGAUGUCUUGGGUCUGGUUGUUCGUCAGAGGGCUGACCACACCACUGAAGACAUCACUGAAGUGGAGCUUCGUAGUUUCCACACCAUUGCUCUGCAUUUUUCUGCCGUCUGCCACAGCGAGACAACACACCCCACGACUAAACUAAACCCUGUGACCAAUCCAACUGGACCAUGGCCUGAUGUCCGGUUCAGUGACCUGGCUUGCUACCGUGGAAUGACACGUGUUGCUGUCCUUGGUGCUGAUAAAACACGACUCCACGAGCAUCACAGAGAGAGGAGUCGGAGCACAGAGGUGGAGGAGUUCCUGGCCUUUCCUGAUGACAGAGCAGCAAGCAUCAGGCCUGCCUCUCCACACAGACAGUACAGGACCAUCUUUACUGGCAUACCCCACUACAGCUAUGUGGACACCGAUUAUUCUUUCACUGAGGACGAGGAAGAGCAAAGACAGCGGCAUCGACAGAUUUAUGCAGAUUUCAUCAAACAGCUCAGACAAACACGACUACAGCGGAUCAACAAGAGACAGCAAGAAAAGGAGACAGAUGAUGUGGACAUUGGAAUUGUUCCUUCUAAAGGGCUUGUUCCCCCGACACUCCGCCUCAGCGACCUGGAGAGCCAUAAGACCUCUGAAACCAAGGUGAAGUACAGCAAGAAUUCCUCAGGAAGCAACAGCAGCUGUACCCAAAACUCUAUGUCCAACAUGCAGCAGGUCAGCAGUGAGGUUUCACUGGUGAUGUAUGCAGUUCCCUCUUCCAGCCAGGAGGUGGCAGACUGCAACAGGACUCUGACAGCUGAGGAGCUCUGUCAAGUUGUCAUAAGUCCCUUGUUAGUGAACUUUGAUGACGUGUGUGUGCAGUCGGUGUGUGUUCAGACGCUGGAGCUGAUCAAUAAACUGUCAGUGUACGUCUGGGUGCAGCUGGAGGUGGACAGUCCUGAGCUACAAGGAUCCUCACCCCUCUCCCACGUCCUGCCUCCCCACUCACGCAUCACCCUACCCCUGACGUUUCAGAGCAGAAAGCUGGGUUUCUUCUACAGGCCGGUGUCCUACUCUGUUAAUCAGCAGCACCCAGGUCAGAUACUGGUCAAGGCCCAUGUCGUCCCCUUGACUCUGGAGCUGUCCACCCACUGGCUGGUGCUCCAUCCCACUCCCACUCUUCUUGCCGCAUUGGGAUACAGGAGCUCAGUAACCCUGAAGAACCCGUGUAACCGUGCUGCUGAGUUCACAUGGCAACCAGUAGUCACAGAGAAUGGCAUCCUGUUCUCUGUUCGACCGGCUACAGGUGUGGUGGAGCCAUACAGGGAAUUGGAUUGUGAGGUGGUGUGGCAUCCGUCUUUCUCCUCGCCGUCAGAGGGAGACUUUGAUCUCCGUGUCCAUGAGGGGGACACACAACGCCUACACUGUGUUGCCAAGGUUGUAGCCACCAGUAUCCAGCUGGCAGAGACGCAGGUCACAUUUGGAUCAGUGCCUCUCAACAUGCCCUCUUUAAGGACUGCUGUCUUACACAACACUGGACAGAACCAUGGAUACUACCAGGUUCUAGAUGUGUGCCCUCUGCCAGGUAUGGUGGUGAGUCCUUCUGAAGGUGUGGUGCCCAGCAGGGGGCAGGCUGUGCUUAAUAUCCGCUUCAACCCAGACUGUGUCAUCAAGUUUGACACAAGAGUUGAGAUAGCUCUGAGGAGCAUGAAGUCCAUUGAGCUCAGGGUGGGCGGAUCAGUGGAGCCUCCAGAUGUAGACAUCAGUGUGUCACAUUUCCAGUUCUGUGGCGUCCAUGUUGGAUCCCAGCGAGUGAAACCAUUUACUCUGACAAACAACUCCCCAGCUGCAGCAUGGGUCGCCUUCCACCUGUCGGAAUAUAAAGACUUCUCUUUCCAGCUCCCUCAACCUUCAGCAAAAAUGCCACCAGGCAUGAGUGUUGUGGAGGUCCAGGGCAACCAGACACUGAACUGCUCCCUUGUCUUCUGCCCCACACAGACGGCCAGCUAUGACUUCUACCUGCCAGUGAAGGUCAAUGGAGUGAGAUGGCCUCGUGCUCCUCAGUCUGCUUUCUCCACUCCAUCCUCCUCGCUGGCCACCGGUACCAGGAAGCACACGGUGAAACCGCUUGCUUACUCUGUCAGUAGGGUGACCCAACAGCCGCCAUGCAUACAGGCCACAGUGCUGUGUGCCCCUCUGGAAAUGUCCCCCUCCAGUCUACAGUUUGAUGUCUUACCACAAUCUGACACUUAUACUAAGAAAGUAGAGCUGAAAGCAGUGUGUAAAGAGAGUGUGUUUUGGCGUGGGGUCACCAGGGAGUGUGUGUGCUGGUGGAUCGACUGCAAUGCAACAGAAGCAUCAACAAAAGAGAAAAGAGAUGGGGAGCUAUGUGCGGUAUCUCCAUCGUCUGGCAGUCUGGGGCCUGGCCAGUCCAUCUGCUUAGUGGUCAGCAUCCGCCCAGAGGCUAUCAGACCAGGGUCUGAAAAAGUGAUGAAACUGUCCCUCCCUCUUUACCUGGGAGACAAGGGAGACGAGGGGAUAGGAGGAGAGGACAGACAUCAGCCCUACAGGGAGCUGUCCAUCACCAUUACCUUCCAGCUUCCCAGAAUCAUCCUCCACCCACCUCAAAUUCUUCUCACCCCGGUACCCCUGGACAGCAACACAGAAACCACACUUACCUUGCUGGCUGUAGGUUAUCCAAGUGGAACAAAUGUAUCGGCUCAAGUGGAUGAGAUAAAAAUGGAGGAUGGUACAAAGAUACAACCUGUCAGUGUCAUCUUUCCAGAGGGUAACACCAUCCCUGCUCAGGACCAUGACAAGGAAGCCAGUGUUGCGUCUCUGCUCUGCAGUGUCUCGUUCUGCUCCGCUGUCCCUCUGUCUCUUUGCACAACCAUCACCUUUACUGAUCACCUGCAAAACAGUUUUAAGGCUAAGUUGUAUGUCAUAUGUGACAACUGUCUGCUGACCGUCUGGCCCUACAUGGCUCUGCACCGUUCCACACAACAUAUAGUUCUCAGGACAGGGGCCACAGCUGUUGAGGCGAUCCUUCAGCGCUGUCACACACCAAGCCCUGCCUCUGGAAUAACUUCAUCAUCAUCUUCAUUUGAUCACAACAGCUCAACAAUGAGGAAUUCAGGUAGUGACAGUAUGAGCGGACAGGCCAGCAGGGACACAGAAGUCUCUCCUACAACAGAAACCCCGACCAAUCUCAGCGUCCCAGAAUUCCCUGCUGCCAACACAGAGACGGGACCAUACUACCAGAAUGUAUUACUGGCUGUGGAGAGGUGGUUUAGCCUCUUUGGAUGGCCAGAUGGACCACACCCUAUCACUGUGCCACACACGCUCAGAAGAGUUGUGUCAAAAACUCGGACAAACAAAUCCAGUGGACGGACUUAUAGUGUCAGACAAAACAAAGAUACAAGGUCUGUAGUGGACAUGCUUCAACACCUGACUGGCAAACAGAUUCCUGGUAUUCCUCACUGCCAGAACUUUUCCAGCCAUAUAGACCAGCGCACGAAUCAGCUGCUGCAACAGCAUGAAGCUAUACUUGCUUUUCUGAGGGUGCAGGGAGCCUGCCUUUGUCAUAUCAGACCAGAGUUCUUGCUAGAUGCGCUGGAGUUUAAACACUGGUGCUCCCUACAGUCUAACGAUGCAGAAAAUGACUUGGACUUUAACACUGUUGAUUAUGAGUCUCUGAGCAAACGAUCCUGGACUGAUGUGCUGCUACAGAUAUACAAGGUACUGGUGUUGUGUCGCGUGUCAGAGAACAAAACUCCGAACUCCAACGAUGUAGAAGGAAUGUUCUCUGUCAGUUCACAAACCCUGACCAGUAACGUCUAUUCAUCCUGGGAGCUACAGCUGCUCUCCUGGCUCAACAUCCACUACCAGAACAUGAGGGAGACUGCAUGGAGUACAGGUGGAAUCCCAUCUGCACGCUGGAUAGUGAACUUUGACUUGGACUUGACAGAUGGACUGGUGCUGGCUGCUCUGCUUACUGCCUACUGCCCUUAUCUGAUCAGGAGCCAUUUCCAGAGGAUGUACACCACAACCAGCAGCCUGGAGCAGAUCCUUCACAACAAUAUCAUCAUAACUCAGGCUUUAACUGCACUUGGUCUCAACAUAAAUAUGCAGCCCACAGACCUGUCAGAUCCUAAUCCAGUGCAGAUGUUGAUCCUAUGUGUUCAUCUGUAUGAGAGGCUGCCUCAGUACCUUCCUGUACACACCAUUACUCUUUCAGGAGCUCUGCACACCACUCUCAGUAAGCAGGUGCGCCUUAAAAGCCCGUACUGUCAGCCGAUCAAAUACCAGGCCUUCAUUUUUGGAAAGGACGCCCACCUCUUCUCCCUUCCCAAUGGGUCUGCAGUCAGCGUUCCUCCAAAGUCAAGCGUGGAGCUGACAGUGCAUUUCACUUGCUCCUUCCUACAACCCAUGGAGGCAGUCCUACUGCUCAUUUCCAGCUCUGCCUUUGGCCUUCGUUGCACCACUCUCGCCUUCAACCUGAAGACUAAUGUCAGUCACAUCACCCCUACAAACACUGUCAAGUGCAAGUCUCUGUGCUACCAGCUGAAAGCCAUCCAAGUGCCGCUAAUUAAUACUUUCAACAGAGCCGCUAUCUUCAGGGUGGUGCUGGUGCAAUCUACGUUCAACCCACUGGAUCCUACAACAAAGAAAGACAGCCUUGUUCAACAGGCAUCCCCCCAACCCAAUGUAGAGAAGAUCAUUUCAGUCAAGAUCUGUGGAGAGGAGAUAGAGGAUGGUGAAGGCAGCGAGUUCCUGAGUGCAGAGACGAGUGUUCGUCUGGAGUUCGGCCAAGCAGACGCUCUGUGCAUCUACUUCCUGCCCUUCUGCCCCGGCACCAAGUACUGCUCUGUGCUUCUUGUUAGCCCACAGGUGGGAGAUAUGGUGUAUUUGAUUAAGGCCACAUCAGAGCUGCCUCUUCCUUCGCCUCUCUCUGCAAGGCCCAGUGCUAACAUCAUCUCUCAGCCCAAGAGUUCUGCAGAUACCCGUGUGUGUGUGCCAGUACUAAGUCUACACUGCAAGCUGGGGCAGCUGUCUGAGGAGGUGCUGCGAGUGUCCCGGAUCAAUAUGCAAUGGGAGCAAGCUCUGGCCAUCUGGGGUCAGCACUGCAUGAGCGGCGUUGAGCGCACAAGGCGGUUACUGACGCACACUUUGUACAGCAGCACCGUGAGGACAACCGCAGCCAAACAGAGGCUCUUCAGACAACCGCUGUUAAAGGAUGUUUACCACAGUAAAGCGAUAAAGUACAAUGUGGAGGUUUCUUUGCCGCAGUACUUCACCCUACCCAGUACCGUUACAAUACCUAUAAAAGAAGACACCGACAUACCAUGGGAGAAUCCUGCAGACUGUGACUGUGUGGACAUCCCACUGCGGUUCCAAGCAGACUCAGUGGGGCAGUAUGCCUGUGAGGUGGUCCUCAAGUCCUGGUGUGAUACCAGAGUCUACCUGCUGGAGGCGCUGGUCACCGCACAGGGAGAAUCCGUCCACUUGGAUUUCAGUUCGCCUGCUCACCGUUCAGUCACGCAACAUCUACCACUGCACAAUGAGACACACCAGGACUGGAAAAUGGAAGCUAAAGUUUGUGGUGAGGGAUUCUCCGGCCCAAAUGUUGUGAACGUGCCAGCAGGAACACGAGCCAGCUACCCGCUCACCUUUCACCCUGCUGCACAAUGCGUUGUCAUGGGCACGCUGUCCUUACGUAACGACUGCGACGGAACAGAUCACGUGUUCUCCCUCAGAGGGGUUGGAGAGCGCCCCCUGCCUGUAGACCACGUGGUAUUACACUGCACUGCCGGGAGGACCACGCACAGUCAGCUGGAUGUCCCCAACUACAGCCAGAACAAAGUCAAUCUAAUGGUGGUGACAGACCUAUCUGCUGUGAGUGGAAGCCCAUCCUUGGAGAUUAAACCCAGUCACACCGCUGCAUACGCUCUUGCUGUGUCACCAUGGAAACGAGGGAAACAGACAGGUUGUGUAUCAUUUGUAGAAACUGAUGACAUGCAAGAGGCUAGUAAGGAAAAAGGAAAUGCAUCGGGACGCUAUGAAGUUAAUUUUUCCUUAGAGAUCAUUUGUGAGCCAGCAGCGCCCAUCAAGGUCAUAGAUGUCCAGUGUGCCACUCAGAACUCGGUUGCCAUAGAGAUUCCUGUCAGUAACUCAGGAGGAGAGCAGCUGAUGCUGGACGUGAACCUGGAAGGAGAUGAUCUGAACGGGGCCAACUGUGUCGCUGUUCCCCCGAGGGAGACUUUCACCUACAAAGCUACGUUCUCUCCUGAAAAAGUAGGAAAGAACACGGGCAGCGUGGUGUUCCAGUCCGAGCUGGUGGGGGAGUUCUGGUAUCAGCUGGAGCUUUAUGCUCUUCCUCCCCCAGUCGUCAUGCUGCCACAGGCCUGCUGUCAGCUGGGCAAAUGGACCAGACUGACCAUUCCACUGGUUAACCCAACAACUGAGGCUCUGGAGAUGAACGUGACCAACAGUAACCCUACAAACUACACAGCAGAGAUGGAAGGAAGCACUCUCGUUCUGGAGCCCCGUUCCUCCACCCAGCUCGCCGUCCGUUUUCGUCCUUCAGCCAUCGGAGAGCGAAACCACGAGGCAAAGAUCGCUUUCACGUGCCCUGAGUUGCAGGAAUGCUGUGUUUUGUUGAGUGGCCGUGGCCUGAACCCGGAGACAGAGAAACCUUUGAGCAUCUCAUCUGUGAUUGGCUCCAAAGCCUCCAUCAACAUUCCCUUUACAAACCCUACUGACCUCCCAGCCGUGCUCAGUAUCACACUCACAGAUGUGGACCCAAGUGGAGCUCCCAACCUCCAUCCUGUCACUAGCAAAGAGGUCUUCUCCAUCCCUCUGAGCGAUAUUGAAGGUGUACAGAUCAGUGAAGGAGCCACUGUUGAUGUACCUGUAGAGUUUGCUCCGGAUUCAGUGGAGCUACAACAGGUGUGGCUCUGCAUCACCAUGAAGCCCAUCAGCAGUCUGAGCGACAACACUAACUUCAGUAAAGACGACAUGAGGUCAGAGCAGGAACUUUGGCCCAUCUGUUGGAUUUACCCCCUCUGUGGGAAAGCCAUGGAGGCUCCUGCUGAGAUCUCCUCUCUCACCGUGGUGGAGUGUGAAGUGGGCUGCCAGCUGCAAAAGAAGGUGGACGUGCUGCUCACUGGAUGUUUGCCAGGAAAUCAAGACCAGAGAGGACAGGAAGUUACAUGGAUGCUGAAAGAGGACUUCCUGUGUGAGGUGCGUUCCCGCGGUGAAGAGGUGGAGGACUGCCUUUCCAUCUGUGCUGAAGCAGCGAGGAGGAAUCCUGAGACCGGCAUCGUUACGCUCACCCUUAAUCUAGUCUACGCUCCCCUCAGGACAUGCAGGAGUUCGGGGGUCCUGGCGGUGCAGUCUGUCUCUGGCCAGCUCUGGGAGUUCCCCAUCACUCUCACUGCAACAAACCCUCAGGUGGACGAUGUAAUCCUCACUGAAACCACCGAGCUGGGCAAGACUUCAGCCGUGGGCUUCCGUCUGACCAGCACUUUCAGGAGGCCCACGUCGUUCACAGCAGAAUUCCUUCCAGGCAGCAGCAGUGAGUUCACAGUGACUCCAGUCUCAGGGAUUCUACCUCCUGUUCAUUCCACUGGAUUACUCUUUACUGUGUCCUUCACACCCACCACCACCUGCAAGAGACACACAGCAAGACUGGCCAUCCAGACGGUGGACAUGCGGUGGACCUACGAGGUGAGAGGGAAAACCCCCGAUGACCCCCUGCCCCUCUGCAACACGUCCACCAAUGGCAGCUCUCCUGUGAUCGGUCCAUCCAAAGAACAGAACUUUGUGGUCCGGAACCUUCGGCUUCCCUCCCUGGCUAACUCGUCCCCUCUCAAAAUCCGCAGAUAAAAAAACAUCCUCACUCUCCCAUUUGCAACCAAGAGUCUUAUUUUCUUCCUCUUUUGUCAGUUUUGUAAUUUGAAUGAUCGCCAUGGUAGUUUUUAUCGAUCAAUAUUAACCAUGCGCUGUCACUUUCCAUACAAAGAUGAGUUUAUAUUUUGAAAAUGAGCUGUAAUUUGGACAAGAACAUUACCACACUGAUGAUGAUGAGCUUCUCUAUUUUUCCUACUUUGCCUUAAAAUGGUUCAUUAGUCAUAUUAGUGUUUCUCCUCAGCUGGUCUGAUGGGCUAUUUCUCCACCAAUACCAGGAUGGUUUUAUUCUACGUUGUGGCAACUGACUGAAAUCUAGCAUUAAGAUUGUAUUUCUACUGUUCUGUUCUGUUCCUUUUCCUAUCCUUCCUUACAAUUAGUAAAGAAGAAGGAGUAAAAUCUAUGCAGGAUAUAAGGGACGUUCAUCUCAUCAGCGUAAUUCAUGAAAAGAGCCGGCGUGUGUCAAGUUUUACUCGUUCAGCAGGUAUCAGAUUUAUGACGAGCAAUAAAUGCUAGUAAUGGUUAUGAUAUCCCUAUUAUGCCUCAGAGUCCACUUUAAGUAAAAUGUUACCAGCCUUGUUUUAUUCCUUCCUUCCCUCAUGAUGCUCUGUUAGAUAGAAAAGAGGCUCGGGCCAUAAAUUAGGUUCACCUCCACCGGCUGGUCCACGCAUAUUCCCACCUUCCAUUAUAUUACACUAACCAGGACAACCUUGAAACACACGCAACUUUCUCAAAACCCCAGUCUUCCAUUUAAUAAAUCAAACCUCAUGAGGCUGAAGAGAUUGUCCACCGUGGGUCUGUGUGCAUGCAAAUGUAGUCUCCACUUCUGCAAUUCACUGUAAAUCCUUGCUGCAUUUUCUGGCAGGAAUUUUUAAUAAGUUGUCUCAGUGAGAUGUCUCAGAUUACAGUACAGCUUCCUCUGUGCAUAAAUACAUUAAAUAUACAGCACCUGUAAGUAUUUGCCUCCCAAGAAGUGAAUUUUUCUUAUUGUUUUGCAACAUGAAAUGAAAGUAGAUUAUCCAAUGGAAGAAAUCUUUAAUAAAAAAAUGACCUUGCGCUGAGCACA